AUCCCUCGCAUCAGAUACAAAGUAGGAUCCAUCAAAGAAAUGUUUCAGGGUGAUGAUUGUAGGCAACCACAGCUGUCCAUUUUCAAUGUCGUUGAUUGGACAGUUAAGAUGAUCAGAUUGGCUUGUACACUGUACACCAUUGCUUGAUCCUAGUAUUAUUGAAUAAAUGGUCCAGAUGGAAGAUAUGUCACCCCAUGUGCCUUUUAAAACUUUCAGGAUGGACGUUAGCAAAACCCCUUAUAUAUUAUUUAAUACUUCUAAACAUUUACUAAUACUGAAGAAAACUCAGGAAAACUCGUACAAGUUUUUAAGAAACUGGCCAGAGAUCCUGAGUUGACUUGACUCAACUAGGUUUUGAGUCGAGCGGCGCUUUUUUGUUACUCUAGAUCCCAGCAUUAUAUACGAACCAUCCACAAAAACACGAUAGGCGAAAGGAGAGCUCCUCCAUGAAGAGCUAAGCGGCGGAAGAUGGCAACUUCUUCGUUUAGUGCAACAAAGAUAGCAACAUAUGGCAGCAUGGUCUUUGUCCAGAUUAUUACAUCUACUUACGUAGUGAUGAGCAAGGUCAUACUCAUACAAGGAACAAGCUCUACUGUUUUUCUUGUCUACCAAUUCAUGUUAGCCACAAUCGUUAUGGGAGCAUUGGCACUCAUCCUUGAAAGAAAGAACAGGCCUCCUCUCAAAAUACCAAUCUUAUGCUGGAUUUUUCUACUAGCUUUAGUUGGGAUAACAUUAACACAAAACCUAUUGUCAGCCUGCUUGUACUACAUCUCAAGUACAAUAGAAGCAGCAGUUCUAAACAUGAUCCCUGUAUUCACCUACAUCAUAUCUAUCAUAUCAAGGGAGGAGAAGCUUGAAAUCAACACCUUGUGGGGUAAAGGCAAGGUGUUUGGAACCCUAGUAUCUGUGACAGGUGCUCUGACUCUCAUCUUGUGGCAUGGGUCAGCUGUUGUUCUACUGACUUCAAACUUGGGAGAAUGGGUGCUUGGGUUGGCUAUGGUUGUUGCUGGAGUGCUGGCAUUUAGUACAUGGAUUAUAUUGUUGAGGCCCAUUUCCAUGAGAUACCCAGCUGAGCUCUCCAUGACUGCUCUGAUGUUCUUCUUUGCGACAUUACAAACAAUGGUUGUAGCUGCAAUCACAAGCCAUAAAGCAUCGAAAUGGUCGCUUAAGUGGGAUUUAGAGCUGUUAAACAUCGUAUUUGGUCAUUGUUGGAUCGAUCAUGGUAGUUGCGGGGCUUUACAUAUACCUAUGGUCCAAAGCCAACGAAGAAGCUUACCAUUCAACGGACGGAGAUGAUACCACGACGACUUCCCUUAUCUCAAACCACGGUUCAUGAUUCUGGUCUGAGCCUUGGCCCAAAAGUUACACUGAUCAGACAAUCUCAACCAUCUGAUUAGUGGAACUUUUCGUAAUGAAUGUCUUUUCUUUUCCCGCCUUCUUCUACGCAGUUUGAGUGCUGGGCUAUAGAUGAUUAUGGAAAGCAAUCAUUUACAAGACCGUCCAUGAUCUGGCCAUUGGAAAAGCAAACCAAACAGAGGAUGGACCCUAACCCUACCAUUGAGAUUGCGGAAUAUGUGAGUAGCAGUUCGUCCAUGAUCGUCCUUGUAUUUUCUACGCUCUUGUUAGAUCUUAUAAUUCCAUAAUACCUUGUACUUGUUGACACUUAUGGCCCAUUUGGAUUCUUGCAUCAAGGGUGGCAAUGGUUCGGAUCGGAACCUGGGUGAAUUGGCGCGACCUGCUUUACAGAGUAG